AUGAGUCGUAUACGUAUCAGUCAGAGACUUAUAUCCAUUAGUCUGAAUCCGUUCCCCGCCUCAAACAUCAAGGCAUUGGAUUCCACAUCGACCAAUGACUCCAACAUUCAGAACGUCCAGAAACUUUUAUAUGAAACGACAUUAGAUACUCCACAACUUACGACAUUGGGAACACCUCCCAGUAUACUUCUGGUGAAUAUACCACCAUCUGUUCCCAUAUACUUACAGAAGGGAUCGUUGUUGUCCGUGUACAAUUGUAAGGACGUUGAAGCUGAAUUGAAGAUCACCAGUGAAUUGUUCAAGCCAUGGAAAAGCAUUGAAAUGUUGCAAUCUCCAUUCAAUAUCUAUUCUAAACUUAUUUCUACUGUCCCUUUCUCGGUUCUAGUGAGUUCUGGUUCUAAGCUGAAGUCAUAUGCCACUGUAACAUUAGACGGGUCUACAGAUUGGGCAGUCUUAAAGCCAAAAGCAAUUGGUGCCUACAUUGGUAAUACACUUAGUGUAUCUUUAUACAGAUAUCCACGAACCAUAUCAAAAAAGUUAGCAUCCCUUUUGUCUGAUUAUACUAUUAAAUCCAAAACCGGAUUUAGUCCUUGGAAAGGGUACACUUUCUUAACUGGACGAGGUCACGUGGGACUCUGUGGAGAUGGUUCCAUAUAUAACAUCAAUGUUGAAGAGGGUGAAAAGAUUCUUAUUCAUCAAAAGAACUUGUUGGCUAUCACAGUGAAUGGUCCUUAUGAUUUACAGAAUUGUAUAGUCAAACAUUCAAAACCUGUUGUCAAGACCAGCCAACAUCCUGUACCUGAAGCAGUUGAAGUUGUUGAUCAGACACCUGUGAUUGUUGUACCGUGGUACUCUAAGGUUCUUAAUUCAUUAAAAACAUUGCUCAACAAGACUCCUAAAGUGGAUGACUUCUUAGUGGGGAAGGAAGAAUUUGUUACCGUUGUUGGACCCAGAAACAUCUUAUUACAAUCCUCAUACAAUACUCUUCUGUCCACAGUUGUUGAUACCACAGACAAAUUAAGGAUACCCACUACCCAAUUGGUUCAAAACGUAAAACAAACCUCCAAAGAUGUUCUCAGUUAUGUUACCAUAUCACCAACAAAGGGAGCGGUGUUUGAGAACACUCCAGACUUUAAAGAAUCAGUCAAGGCCAUCGAAAAGAAGAUAUAG